UCCGGAUCCAGAAUCCGAAUUCGGAUUUUUUGAUCCAGACGGAGCAGACUCGAUCGGGGAACAAUUUUGGACGUGUUGUCUUUAGUUUUUUUGGAUCAUACAAAGAAGAAAUCGGCGGGAGAAGCUAUGUCGAGGCUAUGGGCGAGAGUUGCCGGAUUUUUCAGUAGCAAGAGUUUCAUCGGAGUUGACAAGACUGGUAACAAGUACUUUUCCAGAGUCGAGGAGAUUGACGGACUGGCGAAAGAGAAAAGAUGGGUUGUCUUUAGACGAGAAGAGGACCCAACCUCUAUUCCUGUUGAAUGGAUAUGUUGGCUGAAUGGGCAGCGAAAAAGGGCUCCUACCCCUGAGGAAAUGGCUGAACUUGAAGCAAGGCGUGAGCGUGUGAAGCUUAAUGUUGCUCUUCUCAAGAAAGAAGAGGAGGAGAAGAAAGCCAGAGAAGGCACUGGUCGCAAAAUCAUGAGCAUCGGUAAAGUUGAGGGUCCGGAUUUGACAAGCUUUGUUCGCCACUUUCCAGCGGAUUCAAAAGGUGAUAAACCAGGGGAAGCUAGUGAAGAAGCAGAUAAAUCAAGGACCAAGGAACAUGAACCCGAGGUAGUAACUGCAGAACCACCUGAACCAAAGACAACAGAGCCAUCGGGGUCUGGAUCAUCAUUUAGGCCCGGGACAUGGCAGCCACCAUCCUAAACACAUCUCAUGUGUGCGUCCAAUUAUUUGUUUGAUGUAGUCUACAGAAACCGAAUAGUUUUCGAGUCUUACAGAUGAAUCAGAGACGAGAGAGCUUUUCAGGACCCUAAAUUUGUGGCCUUUCGCGUUGUCAUUGAGGACUAAGAAGAGUCAAAAUGAGAAGCCAACUUAUAAAUUUUUUCCUCUUUGGGGGGUUUUGUCUCUUGGUAUUGUGCUGGAGACUUGAAUUGCUUUGUCUUUCAUAGCUUAAGAAGAGCCUACCUACCCUAAGUUUUUCCUCGUUGACUUUUAUUUAUUAGGAUUGAAACGAUUUAUUUCUUGAGUAACAUCAUGGUUGAAUGGUUUCA